AUGACCAAUGGCCAGUUGUGGGCAGGAGCCAUAGCUUCAGAAGAAGAGGAAUCACCGACGGGGCUCCGCAGACUUGAGUCCCACGCAUAUCGCCGGGACCCCCUUACACCGGGCGAAAAGUGCACCUACGAACGGGACCAUCGUGUCGGGCUCCCAUGCCUACGGACGGCGGCGACCAGACCGGCGGAGGCCAGCAGGUGGCACGGCGGCCGCGGCUGCGGGCGCUGCGCGAGCGGCUGCUGUCGUGCAAGCCCGUGCAGCGGUUCCUCGACUGGUACGGCCAGUUCUGGGGCGACGACGAAGAGGAGCGCAGGCUGCACGAGGCGGACGCCGACGACGGAUUCGUCAACUGGUUCUGCUUGCCUUUCUUCGUGACCCGCAGACCGCGCUGCGGAGUCGCCAAGAACGCGGAGGCGGCUGCCGCCUUCGGAGGACCCGACGCUGUGCUGCACUCCUUCGCGGCCGCCAAAUAAAGAACAAAACGCGUACCGCGCGCCCUGCUGUGUCCACCGAGACAGAGCCGUGCUCGCUGCAGAGCAACGCAAUGAACUACUGGACGCGCGGUUGGUGCGCACAAAGCAUGCGAUGAUCGAGGUAGCCGCAUAAAAGCCGCGACCGAGGCGCAGAAUGAAUGACGAAGCAUUUAAGUACACAGGAGGAGGGCUCGCAGGUUCAACUGAUGCAAAACAGUUUUUUUGACACACGGUGUUACAGCACGAGCGAUAUAUAUGGAGAUUGCGGGCGAAUAUGCACUACAUAGCGAAUCAUGCAUGUUUCGCGGCAGACACGUGUAGUGUCCCGCUGCUCCGUUCCACGGAGGAAGGAAUCUUCCUCCAGGCUCCGUUCCAUACAUGGCAGUCUACGCUGCUAGAGAGACUUCUUGCAGUGGCUUCGAUCGCACUUGGAUAUAGUUCGAUCUUUUUUGAACGCAAUUGUGCGCAACUGUUUAUUUUUAUAGGUUCCAUAAACAAGUUUUAUUCCUUAGAAACAAACACACUGCGGCAUGCGGCUGCUAAUGCGUUGUUUUCUUUUUUUGUUCUUUUCAGAUUUUUUUUUUUUUUUUUUGCAACCCGUCGCGACAGGCGCACGUGCAUGCUCGCGCGGAGCGAAGCAUGAAGGGAACGCGCGGAGUGAUAACUUUUCUUGACCGAACUUUUUGCAUAGCUUCUACAUGCUAUGUAUGGAACGGAGUACAGAGCUCAGAGACACGUGAAUGGUACACGUACAGAGUGUAAAAUUUGUUGGCUGCCACACACACACACACACACACACACACACAC